AUGUCUAGGGAGUUGAUAUUCCUCACAGGUGCAUCUGGGUACAUUGGCAGCGCUACAGCCCUCGAAGCCUUAAGGCGUGGAUAUCGACUUCGAUUAUGCCUUCGAAAGCCAUGUGAGAGAUUAACAACCCUGCUAUCGGCAUAUCUCGACCAUGUCCAGUUUGUCUUUGUUCCAGAUUUGGCAGACGAGGCCGCUUUGGAAGGAAAGUUGGAUGGGGCGAACUAUAUCAUCCAUAUAGCCUCUCCUCUUCCCCGUGGCGUGGACAAAACAGAAUACUUUUCGCCAGCUGUCAACGUCACCACCACCAUUCUACGCGAAGCAACCAGAGUUCCGACUAUCAAGAAAGCGGUGGUCACUUCGUCGCUUGCUGCAUUGGUUCCUAUGACCGGUGUUCCUGCUGGUACCGUUAUGAAAGACGAUAAUGAUUGGGAUUUGGGGGUAAACGAAGCUGCGGACUUUACCAUUCCAGGCAAUCCGGCGGCAACAGCCCUGAAUAUUUAUCAUGCUUCUAAAUUAUUAUCCAAUAAAGCCACCUGGGAUUUUUGGAAAAACGAGAACCCGCACUAUGGGCUGGUGGUGCUCUACCCAGGUUAUACAUUUGGGUACAAUCCCAUGCAAAUGACGGCCGAAGAUGUCAAAAAUUCAUCCAAUGGUGGGUUUUGGGAAGCAAUUAUGGAAAGCACACAGAAUGCCAGCCUCAAUUGUGUGCAUAUUGAUGAUGUUGUAGACGCUCAUCUGAUGGCCUUGGAUGGUAAAGUGCUGGACGGGUCGAAGUAUCUUCUUGCACCAAACAAAGCCACAUGGAAGGAGGUUGCGGAUAUUGUUCAUCGUGACUAUCCAAGCUCUGGUUCAAAAAUUACAGGAGAUAUGAAGGGCGAGGCAUGUGUCCCAUUCGUGCAAAUCGAUUGUAGCAAGUCUGAAGUUGAUUUGGGGCUGAGAUGGCGUUCAAUGGAACAAAUGGUGCAUGAUGUGAUGGAUCAGCAACUCGGGAUGCGCUGUUCUUUGGAAUAG